AUGUUAUCUAAAUUAUACCGACCCGUGACUGCCCUGGCCCGUGCGCCAAGUUUCCUUAAGUCCCCACCGCUCACUUUCCAACUCCGGCCACUGUCAUUCGGGUUCCCUAAACAGUACAAGCAGCCAGGUUCUAAGAACUUCCGAAGUCCUUUCCACGUACUACGGCACCACUGGGAGCUGACUCCGUUGCUUGCGUGUGUAGUCUUCGAUGUGUUUCUCAUGGGUACAGCCACGUAUACUAGCUUAGCAGACAGGGUGGAUAUCCAGCUCACAGGGCAUAGCUGGAACUCUAUCUCUCGCCGCAUGAACUUGCGAGAGCCAACCGUACACAAGUUCCUAGUUUUCAACCAGGAUUAUGAGCCCUGGCCUGAGAUGCAGGAUGUUCUUGAUAAGAUGGCUGAGAAGGAAGCCAAGCCUUGUGCUCUGAGGAAUCGAGGAAAAUAAGGGUUUUAAA